AUGCACGACUUCAUCCCAAUGAGUGAUGAAAGCAAUAUCAAACCCAUCAUGCAUCAUCUUUACAAGGAAAGACCCCCUGACUACUGGCCCAUAAUUUAUUGCGAUGACUACAAUCUGAGUUUCUGUGGGCUGGAAAAACUUCAUUUUUUCGAUGCUCAUAGGUCAAGACACGUUUUGCAGAACUUGAGGCGCAAGGGGAUUCUUUCAGAGGACAAACUCAUGUGCCCAGGGGAACCAUCUGAAGAAGAUCUCCUUCUGGUCCAUACACAAGAGUAUUUACAGAGUCUAAGGGAGGACCGAAUCCAUCUGCUGUACGAGGAACUGAAGUGCUGGAUGCACGAACGUCAGAGCGCGAAUCGAUUACGGUUAGCUCGAGGAGAGGCGACGUUCCGUCGGGAACAGCGUGUAUCGAUCGAGUUGAAAUGGAUACGGGAAGACGGGAAGGGAGGAGAUGGUGAGCAGUACGCAGAGAUGUACGUGAUGAGAACGUACGAGGAUCGUGGGUGGCUCCUAUUCCGAGACGGGUAG